CUGAGCAAGCGCAAAACCGCCGUUUGACUGAAUCGUAAAGAGCGUCUCAGUCAGACGAUAAUUUUCGUCCUGCGAGCUUCAAUGAGUGUCAACAAAGAACUGAAUUACGCGUUUGCCUUAAGUCGCCAAUGUUUGCGAAUACUAGGCACUUGGCCCGAUCCACAUAUUUCUUUGAACGAUUUUCGCCGAAAAUUGAGAUUCACGAUUGUUCUGUCAAUUAUAAGCCUUUAUGUGUUCCUGCCGCAAAUAAUAAAUACGAUUCGUGCUUGGGGUAACGUGACAGUAAUGGUAGAGCAAAUCGCCGCCGCAAAUUUAAGCGUGAUGGCGUUCUGCAAAUUAGCUGUUACUCGAUAUCACGGCAAAACACUUCAAUCGCUGAUGUCAUCGAUCAUGACCGACUGGGCUACCACGAAGAGUAAGCGCGAACGGGCUACGAUGAUGAAGAUGGCGAAGCGUGGAAGAAGCCUCUCUUUUAAAUGUUACAUUAGCGCCACGUGCACGAUCUCGUUUUACAUAUGUUUUAACCUCUUGAGAUUCUUUCGAAACCUUCACCAGCCGCAACGAAGACUCGUCUAUCAUUUCACCUAUCCCUAUAGCAUUCAAAAGAGUCCGAACUACGAGAUCACUUUUUUCAUUCAACUCGUUGGUGGCACGUAUACAGUUUUCACCAAUUGCACUAUCGAUAGCUUCGUCUCAAUACUUCUGCUGCAUGUGUGCGCACAGCUGAUAAAUCUACGGUUGACACUCAACAAGCUGGUUGAUGAAAUGGCCAACAAAUCCAUAUCAUCUUCGAAAUUCAAGAAGCGUCUGACAGCAAUCGUUAUGCGACACAGGGAUCUCAUCAGGCACGCAAAAACAAUCGAUAACUGCUACAGUGCGGUGUUGUUUAUACACAUGGUGGCUGCCACUUUUCAGCUGUGUUUCGAAACAUUUCAGAUUUUUACAAAAAUAACCGAUAAAAACGCAGAAGCAUCUAAGAUCAAGCUGGCUUUCCUCGUGUCUUAUGUUUCAUACGUGUUGGCACCUUUAUACACUUAUUGCUAUUCAGCUGAAAGACUUUUGGCAGAGAGUACCGGAAUGGCGUACGGCGUAUACGAAUGCAAAUGGUACGAUUUGCCGUCGAAGGAUGCGAAGGACUUGAUGUUUAUCAUACAUCGAUCUAUGAUUCCUCUUAAACUGACAGCUGGAAAAUUCGCGGUCUUCUCAUUGGAGUUAUUCGGAGCGGUGGUGAAGACAUCAAUGGGAUACUUAUCUGCCUUGCUGACAAUGAAGGAUCAAUAAAAAUAACGCAAAUUAGAAAGGAUGCUGAUACAAAUACUGCAUAACUGAUCAACAAAUGACUUUUAACUUUUACGAUUAAUGAACAAAUAGGUUUUUCAUACGCACUGCCUACAAUUUUUUUACUUUUACCGGUAAAAUAUACCUUCUUGCGCAACAA